CUUCGUCAUUUUCGUGCCGCAACAUAAACAAAACGCAGCGAACGGUGAUUUUUCGUUUUCGGAAUUUUUCUCCAAGAAUCUUUCUCCAGUGUUAAAUUCUUUCCCUCAAGCAUUUGUAAAAUGGACUCAGAUUGUUCAAAUGACUGGCGUAAUGCCCAUCACAGCACCGGUACCACAAUCAUGGCUGUGGAGUUCGAUGGAGGCGUCGUGAUUGGAGCUGACUCGCGUACCAGCACGGGCACUUAUGUGGCUAACCGUGUAACGGAUAAGCUGACCAAGCUGACGGACAAAAUCUACUGCUGCCGUUCCGGAUCGGCCGCCGAUACGCAGGCAAUCGCUGAUAUCGUCGCCUACUCGCUCGACUAUUAUGAAAAUCAAACGGGAGAGGAACCGCUGGUAGAAGACGCCGCGAACGAAUUCCGGAAGUACUGCUAUGAGUACCGCAGUUCGCUGGUAGCCGGUAUUAUCGUGGCCGGUUGGGACCGGAAGCACGGUGGCCAGGUGUAUUCGAUUCCACUCGGAGGCAUGCAGAUUCGCCAGAGCGUCACGAUUGGUGGUUCCGGCAGUUCAUACAUCUACGGUUUCGUGAAGGAGAACUACCGUGAGGGUAUGCCGCGUGACGAGUGUGUCGAGUUCGUGAAGAAGGCGGUAUUCCAUGCUAUGUACCACGAUGGUAGCUCCGGUGGCGUCUGCCGUAUUGGCAUCAUCACGAAGGAUGGUGUCGAGCGCCAGGUGUUCUUUGCUCCCCGAGACUAUGAGAAUGUUCCGCCACGUGCUGCGGUCGGUCCGAGCGUCUCGGUACAAGCUUAACAGGUAUCGCUGAAUCCAUUCUUUUAAUUGUGAUUCAUAAUAUUCGGGAGUCUUUUGUGGUUUGAAAUAUAAACGUAAAUCCUA